GGCUGCUUAAAUUGAUGAAAAGUGAUUAAAAAAAUGGUGGAAAAGGGCAACAAAAGUUUCCCUUUUUUAGGUUUUAUGGCGGAAUAAUAUUUAAAAUGAAGACACAAAGAGCCACAGGUUGAGUUUCACUGAUUUACAUCAAUGCUGUCAAUAACCACUGAUAAUAAAGUGGCAACUUGAAGGGCCGUCCCAUUUCAAAGAGGAAGACUUCUCCACUCCACCUAAAGGACAAUACUUAGAAAUGGGACUGAGUUUUAAGGUCAUGAUGAGCCACACCUCUCCAAAAUGGCGCCUGGAAGCGGCAUCUACGCGUCUCUGUCUGUGGAUUUAUUUCUAACAGCAGGCUGGAUCUUUAUGAUGAAAACAAGAAGACUGCUUAGAUUGUCAGCAUUUACAGAAUCAAGUACUGGCUUUUUUAAAAUUAAGAUAGUGGAAACCUGCCGUUUUACCUCUCAGACGUCAGAAAUUCAGGGAAAUUCGAAUCUAUGUAGUCAUUGCACAUCUCUGAUUUCAUUCACUCUGACAGAUUUCCUUCUAACCUGUAGAAACCUGCUCCUUUUCUCUCUUUUUAGUAUUUAUUUGGUGAUUUUUGUGUUUAAAUGUGAAUCCAGACUCAGAAUCAGCUCCACCUCAGUAUGAACCGAGUCAGUACUGUGAAUUUCUGUGUGAUAGAAAUCUGAUUGAAUUAACAAAGCUGGCUGCUGGAUAUGUAGGAGUGUUUAAAGGGCACAGUUACACAUCACUGUGGCAUUUUACCUUUUAUUAAACAGCUCCUAUGAGCAAUAACUCUGAAAAUAUAGGAAUGUUUGACCAUUCAGGAAAUAUUUCAGUCAAGAAUGAUCUAGAAUGAAGAUGUGAGAGUUAAGGAAGAAUCUGCUCCGGCUCUAGAACAGAGAAGUUAGCCAAGCGAAGGCUAAAACAGAGAACCUCGAGGUCUCUGUCUGUCCUCGAGGCUGCCAGGUUUGUGUUUCAGUGCCUUCAUUUCUCUAAUAAAGACAUGUGAUUAAAGUGAAGCUGCUUCCUCUUUCACGCUGUCUCUGUAGGAAACACCUGCUCCACACGCCCAGGGGUGGGGGCGCCAGGACGCCACGGUGCUGCUCAUCAAACAUGGCCUUUAAAACCUGCAGAAAUGUCCCAAAAACACCCAGACCCCAAAAACCACACCUGAGGUUCAGCUAAGACCCACAAUAAGAGUGAAAUCUAGAUUCAGAGUUUGAUGAUGAUGAUGAUGAGGGGAUGAAGGAGGGCGAGGGAAGUCUACUGUGACGGUGGCAGACGCUGCAGCAGGUUUAUGUAAAGCAGUUUGGAUUUCUGUCUCUCAGUUUUAAAUCUCAUUUCAGAAGAGAUUAAGGAGAGCAGCAGCGCAUAUCUGAACCCAUGGGCCUGAAAAACUCCCACCCACAGAUGUUCCCGGGGGACAUCAUAGAGUAUCCCAGGAACAAAUACUUCUCCCACUUCGCCGUGUACUACGGAGAGAAGGACGGCGUUCCCUACGUGGCUCACCUGACAUGUCGAGACUCAGACUCCAAGCUGCUGCGCUUCGGCCGAGCUCUGAGGUCAGAGAUCAAACUGGAUCCUCUGGAGAUGCUGGGGAAGAAAUACAAGGUCAACAACAUGCUGGACGACGCCUUCUCUCCCAGAGACUUCCACGCCGUGGUGAAGCCGGCCAUUGAGGACAUGAUGGGAAAGGAAGUGACGUUUGACAUCCUGUUUCAUAACAGUGAGCACCAGGCCACGCUCUUCAGAUACGGGGUCAAGAAGUCCGAGCAGAUAGAGCAGAUUUAUGAGUACAUCAUGCCGGCCUGGAAGAAACUGUUUGAGGACAAGAAACUCUGAGCUGUGCAGAACGUCAACGUCUCAUCACGGCCACCAGAGGGCGACGGCGUUCUGGUGAUUUCAAGAAGAAGGUCGUCCCAGUAUGUCCACCAUUAUCAGAGUAAUGGGAUUUUCUACGGAAGCCCAUUUCUGACACUUAAAGAAAAAUAUGAAGGAAAGGUUUUUACAGAAAAAUUUGAAAUCUGAGGUCAUAGUAAGGACAUUUAAAGUCAAAAUUAGGGGGUUACAGUCAUUAUGGAAUAUAAAGUUAAAAUUCUGAGCUGUUGAAUUAAUGGAAUCUAAAUUCUGAGAUAGUUCGGGGUAAAAAUGAGAUUAUAAGACACGUUUUUGAGAAAGUCAUGAUGAUAGAUGACAGGUCAAAAUGAUGAGGUUAUUAUGGGAAUGAUGAGAUGAAAAUAUAAAAAAUAAUCAAAUUCAAAAAGGAAAAAAAUGAGACAAAAAUCAAAAAUAUUUGACAGGGAAAUUAAGAGGAAAAAGUCAAGUUAUAAGAUGAAAAGUUGAAAUAAUAACUUAAAAUGUCAAAAUUAUUAGAAAAAAGCUCAAAUAAUGAGACACAAAGACAGAAUUAUGAGAUCCAAAAAGCUAUGAGAUAAAAGUCAUAAUCAUGAGAUACAAACCUGCAAUAAGGAGAUAAAAAUCAAAGUUAUGACAUAAAAUGUUUAAAUUAUGAGAUGAAUAAUGAUAGAAAAAAAUCACAAAUAUGCACAAAAAGUAGAAAAAAUGAGAUUAAAAGUGUUUAUCAUGAGUUUUAAUCAUGAGACAAAAUAAUGAAAUAAAACCAAAGUAAUGAAGCAAAAAAAUAACAAAUUAAAUAAAGUCAAAUUAUGAGAUAAUUAAAAAAAAUUACGACAUAAAAGUCAUAAUUAUGAGACACAAUGUUGA